CCCAUGGUAUGCGCAUGCGUGGCGUGCCACGGUCGUGACCUUUGAGUGAUGGUGGCGCGUUACCAGGUGAGGCUCGGUGCGUGGUACUCGGCAGUCGGAGCACGGCGAACCCGGAGUGAGGAUGAAGCAGAAUGGAGCGGUCAAUGCUAUCGAUGAGGACGUCGAUGUCAGAGGCCCGGGCAUACCCACUGAGGCGCCGCUGGGUCGGAGGCACAAGUGUGCAGCCUAUGUUCUGGCGCUGCGGCCCUGGAGCUUCAGCGCCUCGCUCACGCCCGUGGCUCUCGGCACGGCUCUGGCCUACAAAACCCUGGGCGAGUUGGACCUAGCCAUCUGCCUGCUGGCCGCCCUGGCCGUGCUGGCAGUGCACGGCGCCGGCAACCUGGUGAACACCUACUAUGAUUUCAGUCGUGGCAUCGAUCACAAGAAGAGCGAUGAUCGCACGCUGGUGGAUCGGAUCCUGGAGCCGCAGGAUGUGGUGCGGUUCGGAGCCUUUCUCUACACCCUGGGCUGCCUCUGUGCCACCUCCCUUUAUUUCUUGAGCAAGCUCAAACUAGAACACCUGGCGCUUAUCUUCUUCGGGGGUCUGUCUAGUUCGUUUCUGUACACUGGAGGUAUUGGAUUUAAAUACUUCGCUCUGGGUGAUAUCAUCAUUCUGAUCACCUUUGGACCACUAGCUGUGAUGUUUGCCUACGCUGUUCAAGUGGGUUACUUGGCCAUUUCACCACUGCUUUAUGCAAUUCCUUUAGCGCUUAAUACAGAAGCAAUCUUGCACAGUAACAAUACCAGAGACAUGGAGUCCGAUAAGCAAGCAGGGAUAGUUACCUUUGCCAUUAUUAUUGGACCAACAUUAUCUUAUAUAGUGUUUAAUAUACUGAUAUUUAUACCCUAUGUAAUAUUUUGUAUUUUAGCAACUCAUUAUACAAUCAGCCUCACGCUGCCACUUUUGACUGUGCCUUUGGCAUUUUCACUUGAGCGGCAGUUUCGAAGCCAAAAUUAUGCCAAAAUUCCCCAGAUGACUGCAAAGUUGAAUCUUUUGCUGGGAUUAUUCUAUGUAUUUGGUAUUUUGUUGUCUCCACCUGGAACCUUGCCAAACUAAAACACGCGGACAUAUUUCUGAUGGCGGUGCACAAACUGAAGAUGGUUAUAUUUCGGUUUGAUUUUGCAUGUCUGAGGUUUGACAGGUAGUGCUCCAGUGGAGCAUCUGUUUCAUGUUUUUUUAAUCUACGCUUUUUCUAUCACCUGGAAAUAAAUGAAAAAUUGGGAAUGAAUUCUCAAUAAAGCGGAUUAGAACAAUGAUUUUGGGAUCGGAAAAAUAAAGUGGCUUAGUUUUGUUUAAAUUUUAACAACAGGUACAGUUACUUGCAAAGAGCAAACACGAGGAAAUCUGCAGAUGCUGGAAAUUCAAAGAACAACAGACACAAAAUGCUGGUGGAACACAGCAGGCCAGGCAGCUUCGAUAGGGAGAAGCGCUGUCGACAUUUCGGGCCGAGUCCUGCCGAAGGGUCUCGGCCCGAAACGUUGACAGCGCUUCUCCCUAUCGAUGCUGCUUGGCCUGCUGUGUUCCACCAGCAUUUUGUGUGUGUUGUCAGUUACUUGUAAAGUAAUGUUAGCAGUAUGGUUGUAUUUCAAUUUGAUACACUAAUGGUUCUUAAUUUAAAAAAAAAUUUGCCUAAUCUUUUGUACGGAAACUAAGCAAAACUUGCUUCAAUCUGUGAAAAGAAUGCCGAAUGCAAUAUCCAAUUUCCAAAUCUAAGCCUUUAAAAGACAUUUGUAACUUGAGAAUGUCUUUUAUUCCCAAGACAUUAAGGGGGAAAACCAAAAUUUUCCAUUUUUGCUUUAAUAUUGAGACCAGUACCUAUUGGUCCCUUCAUAAAUGCCAGCAUGCUCAAAUGGUACAAAUUACACAAUUAGCGUCUAGCAGAGCUAGAAUGUGAAUGUAUCGAACUUGUCUAAACAUGCAUAUAAAAUGGGAGCUAGGAGGUAAUUUUAAACAAGUAAUCUCCAAUUUAGUGUGAUCUGAAUUCCUUGAUUGCAAUUGUAUUCCAGUGUUAGAUUUUAUGAUAAAUUGUGGAGCCCGAUUAACAAGGAUCAUUAACCGUUUUAGUUUAAGCUGAAGGCUUUACUUAAUUUUGACGAUGUGCUCCAUAAACUCAUAUUAUCAAAGUAGCUGGAUUUGGAGAAUAAAUGUUCUGAAAGGGUGCAAUAUUUAAUAAUUUGCAAUUGUUUAGUUUUUUUUGUUCAUUAUACACCAUUGGUUGUGCAAUUUGGUUAAUAAAUCAACUCUGGCAACAGUUCAGUCAUUCUCCUAUGGUGUUUUCUGCCACUGUUUAAAUAGUGGAUGACUCACACUAGCUUUUGAAGUAAAACUAUGAAUCAAACUUGUUAAAAGUCCCACAACAUAAGUACCUUUUCUCUCAUCAGCCAACUUAAAAAUUCUAGUAAUUAUGAAUACCUCAGCUUUCCAAGGAAAUCCACAUAGUUAGAGUUAGAGUUAGUUGAUUUUCAGUAACUCUUUUAUUUUGGAAUUCCAUUCCUGCCCAGCCCAUUUUCUUGUCUUAGUCAUUAUUUAGAAAACCUUCGACUCACAAUGCCAUGCAAAACAUGUACUUUAGAAAUUGUGUAGGGUUACCCAUAGCCCUCUAUUUUUCUAAGCUCCAUGUAGUUAUCCAAGAGUCUCUUAGAAGACCUAUUGUAACCACCUCCAUGACCGUUGCUGGCAGCCCAUUCCACGCACUCACCUCUCCCUGUGUUUUUUCUUUUAAAAAAAAUCUUGCCCCGAUAUCUUUACCUACUUCCAAGCACCUUAAAACUGUGCCCUCUCAUGUUGGCCAUUUCAGACCUGGGAAAAAGCCUCUGACUAUCCACAUGAUUAAUGCCUCUCAUCUCUAUUAGGUUACCUUUCAUCCUCUGUCGCUCCAAGGAGAAAAGGCCAAGUUCACUCAACCUGUUUUCAUAAGGCAUGCUCCCCAAUCCAGGCAACACCUUCUCUGCACCCUUUCUAUAGUUUCCACAUCCUUCCUGUAGUGAGGUGACCAGAACUGAGAACAGUACUCCAGGUGGGGUCUGACCAGGGUCCUAUAUAGCUGUAUAUCUCUCUUUAAACGAUUUUUGAGUGAUUUCCAAAAUUAUUUCCAUGAGAACCUCUAUAAAUUAAUAUAAUUUCAACAAGAAACUGAAUUUUUAUUGAGAUUGGAAUUACGGGUUCAGAAAUUGUGGCAAUGUUGUUUAUUUCAGCACUUUCUGAAAAUGUCUUAAUGACCAUUUUCUGUCAUUUAAUGGUAUUCUGGAAAUUCACACAGGUGCUUCAUGGCUGAAGUUGUGCUCUUGCCUCUGACAAAAAAUGGUCAUCAGACCCACAUCAUACCCAUGCAGUGCCCCAUCUCCAAGUGAAGUUUGUCUCAUUUGUGCUGGGAAUGACCGUAUUCAAGGUAACUGGGUCAAACUGAAUUGGAACCACAUGAAUAAAAUGCUGGAGAAACUCAGCAAGUUAGGCAGCAUUUAUGGGAGAGAAUAAACAGUCGAUGUUGCGGGCUGAGACUUGUCAUUGGGUUCCUUCAGUAUUUUGUGUGUUGCUCAUGAUUUCCAGCAUCUGCAAAAUCUAUUUAUGGAAUCACUAACAAACAAAAGAAAUCUGCGGAUGCUGAAAGUCCAACACACAAAAUCCUGGAAGAACUCAGCAGGCCAGACAACUGCCGAAGGGUCUUGGCACGAAAUGUCAUUUGUACUCUUCCAUGGAUCCUGCCUGCUUUCCUCCACCAUUUUGUGUGUGUGUUGUAUGGAAUCACCAAGGCAAAUCCCAUACUGCUGUCCCAUUUUCACUCUAACACCCUGACUCUUUGAUAUUCUGAGGUACAUAAUCAUCUGAUAGCAAGUUUCGUGGUCACUUUUAAAUUUCGGCCUUUGACCCACAUCCUUUACCUGGCCUCAGUCAUACUUAAAGCUGUGGGUCUUUACAUUAUGGAAUGCAUGUUAGCAAAUAUUUGGCCACCAGUACCUGAAAUUAUCCUUAAUGAGCGGGUGUAACCACACACUAACUGGCUAUCAUUUUUAUCUGGUAUUAUGACAUUCAAAAGGGAACUAGGUUUUUUUCAUCCACAAACCUUUUGAAUUAAAGGCAUUUACCAACAAUAAGUUAUAAAAAUAAUUCAAAUUAACUUUUAUAUUCCUUUUGUAUUCAGAAAUUAUCUGUACCAAAUUUUCUUCAAAGGGUAUGCUUGGGUUCCUUUAGAAAUCACACUGUCAGAACUGUAAUAUUUCAAUAGAGGAAAAUUUAUUUUGAUAUGUAGCACUUAACAAAUUUUACUCCCACGUGAUGUAAACACAUACACAAAAAUAUCAUCUUUACUCACAAUUUUCUCUUAGUGUGCAUGCCAAGCUUUUUAUUCAUCAACCAUGUCUAUUUAAAUAUAGGUCAGACUGGGACACGAUAGCAGUUCCUUCUCUGAAAGUAAUUUUCCAGUGACAAAGUUAGCAUGAAAUCGUACACAGUACGUCAAUGCUGAACACUACAUUAUCCCAGCAUUACUGUCUAAUUAUUACCCCAGUCUUGAUUAGUUUACAUUUCAGACACCUUGCAGGACAGGCAGGAUCUCUUUUGAAUCAAAAGGAUCCCCAAUUUGAAGUGUUAGGGUAUUGUUAAGGAAGUGUAUUUCCAACAAAUGUUGUUUGUUUUCUUUAAAUCUCCAAUUUUUUUUGAUUCAUGGAAUAUUUCUCCUGUUCAAUGCCUCAUUAGAUAGUGAAAUGAUUAGAUCAAGGUCUUUAGAUGUGUAUCCCUUGGUAGAGUAGGCCACAUGACUGAGGGGGAUGUUGCCUUCUAUGUACUAAGAUAAAAAUGUUUCUAAUUUAGGCCUGUAGCUGUCUAGUUUUAGGUAAUUAAUUUUCAAGUAGAGAUUUGUGCUCAACCAGGCCCUGCUGUCUUUUAAAGCACAUGCAGAUUAUGCAAUUUUGGCUAGCUUUGUAGAAAUUCUUGUUUCAUUUUGUUUACAGUAGCUUAUUGAGACAUGACAUGCCAUUGGAUGAAGUAGAAUGUGAAUAAUUUGUAGUUUUAAUACUGUUGUAAUAAAAAAUUUAAGAACCAGCAGUUAAGAAUUUCUAAUAUUGAAAGGUACCUGAUCUUGAUAGAGCUCAUGAAUGUGAAAAAUAUUUGAAGGAUUCUCAAUUCAACAAUUUUUAACAGACAAGUUGCAAAUAUGGAUGCUAAUCCAAUACCCAUUUGUAGAGGCACAAACCAUGCAAGGAUAUCAGUUAAUGUAAAUAUAAAUGAACUUCUGUGGAUUGUGGGAGAAACGCAUUAAUAUUGUAAAGAAUACAAAGAUAAGAGAAUAUAAUGCAACAUUUAUUUUAGGGGGUCAGAAUUUUAAAUCUUAUAUUGGGCAAGGUGGGUUAGGAUUUCAAACUUUAAAUUCAAGGCAUUUGUAGAGACCCAAUGAAUAUAGGUGUCAUGAAAUGAACUGAUUUAAAUGUACUUGUAUGAUGUGAGAUUCACUUUCAGUAGUGAAAUUACAGGGCAUGCAUGCCAAAAAUUGAUAAGACCAUAAUAUAUGGGAGCAGAAGUAGGCCAUUUGGCCCAUUGAGUCUGCUCCACCAUUCAGUCAUGGGCUAAUCCACUUAAUCCAGUCAUCCCCACCUCCCCACCUUCUCCCCAUACCCCUUGAUGCCUUGGCUAAUCAUGAACCUAUUGAUCUAUCUGUGCCUUAAGUGCACUCAAUGACUUGGCCUCCACAGUUGCUUGUAGCAACAAAUUCCACAGAUUUACCACCCAGUGACUUAAAGACUGAUGACUAUCUAAUUUUUUUCUUAAAUUCAUUUUAUGGUGUAUUAUACCCUAAUGAUGUAUUUUUUUAAAAAUCAAGUGUGAGGUUUCCAGGGCAGCCUUGUCAAUUUCUCUAAGUAAUGUCCUGUACAGUUUUCAAUAUGCACAACCUUAGUUCUUUUGCAAGAAUUUGCAACUGUCUGCAUAAAGAGCAUAAACAAUAUUUUAGUUCUGCUGGAAAAAUGAAUGCUGUGUCUGGAGGAAUAGUGUCCUAUGGAAUUGAGGGUGUAUGAACCUGGGCAAGAUCAGCACCUACAAAAAAUAUCUGUGCGGAACCUGCAGAAACUUUCCAGUGAUUCAGCCAGGCACACCUAGAAGAAUGUUGCAAGGAUGGUCUUGUAUUUUUUUUGCAACUUAGGUUCAAUGGUCCAAAUUGCCACUUUUUAUGCUGGUUCUCAGCAAUUACCUGUUAAUUUCCUGUAGCUUGUCCUCUCCCAUCAACUCCACUGUGGUUUUCCUGCCACUUUAGCAAAGGGUACUUUCUAACAGCCAAUUAACCUACCAACCAGUACGCCUUGGUAAUGUGAGAGAAAAGUGGAGUACCCAGGCGACACCAUGAGGUUAUAAGGAGAAUGCAAGCUCCACACUGCAUCAAAACCAGGUCACUAACGCUUCUUACUGUGGUACUGUCCUCCACUGUGUCUCUGUGAAAACUAAUACUACAUGAGUUUGCUCCAUGAAUUUCUUCACUUUGGAAGAAACAUACAAAGUUGGAAUAGAAACAUGCGAAGUUGGAAGUUCCCUGUGGGCUUAGGAGAAAGUAGGUGAAGCUUUCUUUAAGUAUGGAUUUGGAAAGCUUCCUUAAUAUGGCAGUAAGAAGUUACCAGAGAUCAGCUGCAGAAGCUCGGAAUGAUCCUGAGGCUGGGAAGCUGAGCGUGACUAGGGCCUGGUCUUCAGGAGUAAAUGCACACCUGACGUAGAUGGGAACCUUGGAGUACACGGAUCUAAUUAAAUACAAAAAUUGCACAUUGAUAUUGUCCUCUUGGGUUCCGGGCAAAUCAGAUCAAUAAAUAAGGAAGGGAUUGUUUUUCAGGGUUGGGUUUAGGAAGUACAGAAUUUCAUUGGAAAGGUAUAUUGGACUAUUACACCAUUGUUGAUAUCAUUUGGUGCAGUUUUUAGAAUUUUUUUUAGAUAGUUGGGCAUCAAAUUUUCCUAUAAGAAUAGUGGAAAUCUGUAUAACAAUGCAUUGUGAAGUUAGGCCUAUUUUCAACUACUUAUCAGUUUUGUAGAGGUAUUUUAUGGCCAGUGUGAUGAGUUGCAUUUACCCAGAUAUGGAGAUAUAAUAAACCUUUUCUGAAGUACCAGAACUAAUUUUAAUUGGAAGAAAGUGCUGAAGCAACUUAAUUUUAUUUCUGCUGAACUUGAAUAUUAACAAAAAUAUUUUUAUUAUACUUGCACUUUUUCCCUAUCCCCAUUUACUAUCAAAAUUUGGCUGGAUAUAUUGCUAUAUUAUACAUGUUUGUUUAGUACAUAAAUAACUAGAAUAAUUUUUCUUUGGUAGAAAUCCAUUGAAUUUAUACUUUUUUAUAUAAAGCAAAUUUUAUAUUAACUAUAGCAUGGUUUUGUAUGUUUAAAAUAACAAUGAGCUUUGUUUAUGGUUCUCUAUUAAUACAUGUAUGAUGGAACAAAUGAUAUACAGCAAUUUUGUAUAGGGUUUUCAUAAUAUCAGCGAAGUUGUAUAUUUAUAGUAAAUCUUUGAUUAUUUAUUCUAAUAAAUUUUGUCUUGGAUUUACUGUUCCUUGUUUCAAAGGAUUGUGUUUUUUUUAUUUGCUUCAUUAC